ACAAAAACUGAAAACAACACCUUCCAUGAAAUUUCAUUUCAAAAUAUUAGAAUUCCUUACCUCGAUUCCAUCCACCCAGUCAACGAGACCUCUGCUACCCACCGCCUCUUCUUCAACACCUUCCCCACCAUCUUCUCUGCAUCCCUUAAUGCAGUCUCCAACACAAAGGGAAUGGAGAAAGGAUCUUCCCCAACCAAAAGGUAAAAUAUGUGUGAGUUUCUCUUAGAAUUUAUAUACAAAGAAAUUUCUCAAAGAGGGCUUUAUAUACGUUUUUCUUUUCUUUUACGACUGCAGAUGAAGCUUUUCAGCUGAACCUCCCUCCCAGCUUGGAUUUUUGUUCAUGGUGAAGAGGUCUGGAGCCAAUAGUCAUUGAGCAUCCAAGGACCCUCCAAACUCCCUUGUAAUUUUGGUUCAAGCCAUCCAAAAAUGGCUUCUUCCAGCACCCAUAGAGCCUCUUCUUCGACUACUUCUAUUUCUCGUAAUUAUGAUGUGUUCUUGAGUUUUAGAGGUGGCGAUACUCGCAGAAAUUUCACUGAUCAUCUAUAUACCACAUUGACUGCAUCUGGAAUUCAAACUUUCAGAGAUGAUGAAGAACUUGAGAAAGGAGGAGAUAUUGCAUCUGAUCUCUUGAGAGCUAUAGAAGAAUCGAGGUUUUUUAUUAUUGUUUUCUCAAAAAAUUAUGCUUACUCCAGAUGGUGUUUAAAUGAACUCGUAAAGAUCAUUGAACGCAAGAGCCAAAAGGAAUCAGUGGUUCUACCAAUCUUCUACCAUGUGGAUCCAUCUGAUGUACGAAACCAAAGGGGAAGUUUCGGAGAAGCACUUGCCUACCAUGAAAGAGAUGCAAAUCAAGAAAAGAAGGAGAUGGUACAAAAGUGGAGGAUUGCCUUGACAAAAGCAGCUUAUCUAUCCGGAUGCCAUGUGGAUGACCAGUAUGAGACUGAGGUUGUCAAGGAAAUUGUUAAUACAAUCAUUAGAAGAUUAAACCGUCAACCUUUAAGUGUGGGAAAGAACAUAGUUGGAAUUAGUGUUCAUUUGGAAAAAUUGAAAUCGUUGAUGAACACCGAGUUAAAUGAGGUUAGAGUCAUAGGGAUAUGUGGAACUGGUGGGGUUGGUAAGACUACUAUCGCCAAGGCUAUUUAUAAUGAGAUCUCAUGUCAAUAUGAUGGUAGUAGCUUUCUGAGAAAUAUGAGAGAGAGAUCCAAAGGUGAUAUACUUCAAUUACAGCAGGAACUUCUUCAUGGUAUCCUAAGGGGAAAAUUUUUUAAGAUAAACACUGUUGAUGAAGGAAUUAGUAUGAUAAAGAGGUGUCUAAGCUCCAAUAGAGUUCUUAUUAUUUUUGAUGAUGUUGAUGAGUUGAAACAACUAGAAUAUUUGGCUGAAGAGAAGGAUUGGUUUCAGGCAAAAAGUACAAUCAUCAUUACAUCUAGAGACAAACAUGUGCUUGCUCGAUAUGGAGUGGAUAUACCAUAUGAGGUUUCAAAAUUAAACAAGGAAGAAGCUAUUGAGCUCUUUAGUUUGUGGGCCUUUAAACAAAAUCAUCCCAAAGAAGUUUAUAAAAACCUCUCAUACAAUAUCAUAGAUUAUGCUAAUGGCCUUCCGUUAGCACUUAAAGUUUUGGGUGCUUCUCUUUUUGGAAAGAAAAUAAGUGAAUGGGAAAGUGCAAUGUGUAAGCUAAAAAUAAUACCCCACAUGGAAAUUCACAAUGUACUUAGAAUAAGUUUUGAUGGACUCGAUGACGUAGACAAAGGGAUAUUUUUGGAUGUUGCAUGCUUUUUCAAAGGAGAUGACAAAUAUUUUGUUUCAAGAAUAUUGGGCCCUCAUGCAAAGCACGGAAUAACAACUCUAGCUGAUAGAUGUCUCAUAACUGUUUCAAAAAACAGGCUAGAUAUGCAUGAUUUAAUACAACAAAUGGGUUGGGAGAUUAUUCGUCAAGAAUGUCCUAAAGACCCUGGAAGAAGGAGUAGAUUGUGGGAUUCUAAUGCCUAUCAUGUGCUUAUAAGAAAUAUGGGGACACAAGCAAUUGAAGGACUAUUCCUAGAUAGAUGUAAAUUUAAUCCAUCACAACUUACCAUGGAAUCUUUCAAAGAGAUGAAUAAACUUAGAUUGCUCAAAAUCCAUAACCCGCGUAGAAAGCUAUUUCUUGAAAACCACCUUCCAAGGGACUUUGAAUUCUCUGCUUAUGAGUUAAGAUAUCUGCAUUGGGAUGGAUACCCUUUAGAAUCUUUGCCAAUGAAUUUUCAUGCAAAGAACCUUGUUGAACUCUCAUUAAGGGACAGCAAUAUAAAGCAAGUUUGGAGGGGGAAUAAGCUUCAUGACAAGUUGAGGGUUAUUGAUCUCAGUCACUCUGUCCAUCUCAUAAGAAUUCCAGACUUAUCAAGUGUGCCAAACUUGGAGAUUCUAACUCUAGAAGGGUGUGUAAACCUGGAGCUUCUUCCAAGAGGCAUUUACAAGUUGAAACACCUUCAAACUUUGUCUUGCAAUGGCUGUUCAAAGCUAGAGAGAUUUCCAGAAAUCAUGGCCAAUAUGAGAAAGCUAAGGGUGCUUGAUUUGAGUGGAACAGCUAUAAUGGACUUACCGUCAUCAAUUACACAUCUAAAUGGUCUUCAAACUCUCCUACUUCAAGAGUGUUCAAAGCUCCACCAAAUCCCUAGUCAUAUUUGCUAUUUAUCAUCAUUAAAGAAACUAAAUCUGGAAGGGGGCCAUUUUAGUAGCAUACCUCCUACCAUCAAUCAGCUUUCCAGGCUGAAAGCCCUUAACCUUAGUCACUGCAACAAUCUUGAACAAAUUCCAGAGCUUCCAUCAGGUUUAAUUAAUCUAGAUGUCCAUCACUGCACAUCCCUGGAAAAUUUAUCCAGUCCAUCAAAUCUACUCUGGUCUUCUUUAUUCAAAUGUUUUAAAUCCAAAAUUCAGGCGCGUGACUUUAGAAGACCUGUCAGAACUUUUAUUGCUGAAAGAAAUGGGAUUCCGGAGUGGAUAUGCCAUCAGAAAAGCGGGUUCAAAAUAACAAUGAAACUUCCCUGGAGUUGGUAUGAAAAUGAUGACUUCUUGGGCUUUGUUCUGUGCUCUCUUUAUGUUCCACUUGAGAUUGAGACCACACCACAUAGGGAUUUCAACUGUAAAUUGAAUUUCGAUGAUGACAGUGCAUAUUUUUCCUGUCACUCUCAUCAAUUUUGUGAAUUCUGCUAUGAUGAAGAUGCAUCAAGUCAAGGGUGCUUGAUAUAUUAUCCUAAGUCAAAUAUUCCCGAGGGAUAUCACUCAAAUGAAUGGAGAACCUUGAACGCUUCAUUUAAUGUCUACUUUGGUGUUAAACCAGUGAAAGUGGCGAGGUGUGGCUUCCACUUUCUAUAUGCCCACGAUUAUGAACAGAACAAUCUCACAAUUGUACAACGUAGAAGCUGUGACACCAGUUCAGCAGUAGAAGAUACUAAUACUGAUGUGGAGAGAAGCUGUGAUGGCACCACCCUGAAUAUUGAUGGUAAUGGUGUUGAUGCCCAAGACCAUGAAAUGGACCAUAUGCAUAGAUGGCUGGAGCUUCUUUGCAAAUUUGUUCAUUGGAUAUGCUGUACAAGACACUAAUUUCAAGUAAGAGAAUUGUUGAUGUUGACCAAACAUUUAUCUCAACUUUUUGGUAAUUAAGCCACCCUCCUUUUCUUAGUUUC